AUACCUGAGCUUAAGACCUUUGAUAUUAAACUUUUCAAGUUCUUUUCAAAAUGGGUAAUGUUUUGCCAUACAAAGCUGUGAAUCUAGCAAACUGGCUGGUUGUCGAAGGAUGGAUGCAAGAACCCUCUCUCUUUGAUGGAAUUGUCAACAAAGAUCUCUUGGAUGGAACUCAAGUGCAACUUAAGUCCACAAAGUUCAACAAGUAUCUCACUUCUGAAAAUGGGGGUGGAGCUGAUGUUGUAGCCAACCGAGGUUCUGCUUCUGGUUGGGAAACAUUCAAGCUGUGGAGGAUCAGUGACUCAUCCUUCAACUUGAGAGUGUUCAACAAGAAAUUUGUUGGGCUGGAAAAUCAUGGGGGUGGAAACAAAAUUAUAUCAGUUUCAGACUCACCUAGCCAACCGGAAACAUUUGAGAUUAUAAGGAAUAAUAAUGACCCCUUCAAAAUUAGAAUCAAAGCAUCAAAUGGUCGGUUUUUACAGGUUCGAUCGGAGACAUUAGUGACUGCAGAUUAUGAAGGCACAAAUUGGGAUGAAAGUGACCCAUCGGUCUUUCGUAUGAAUAUUGUACCAGACACCACCUUACAAGGAGAGUACCAACUUACUAAUGGUUAUGGUCCUGAUAGAGCUCCUCAAGUCAUGAGGGAUCACUGGAAUACAUACAUAACCGAAGAUGAUUUCAGAUUCAUGUCUGCAAAUGGCUUAAAUGCAGUGAGAAUACCUGUUGGAUGGUGGAUAGCUAAAGAUCCGAAUCCUCCUAAGCCUUUUGUUGGAGGAUCAUUGGCAGCAUUGGACAAUGCUUUCAUUUGGGCACAAAACCAUGGGAUGAAUGUGAUCAUAGACUUGCAUGCAGCUGAAGGUUCACAGAAUGGAAAUGACCACAGUGGCGCAAGAGAUGGAUAUACAGAAUGGGGAGAUUCAUACAUACCAAACACAGUCCAAGUCAUAGACUUCUUAGCAGAAAGAUAUGGUACCAGACCAAACUUAGGAGCCAUAGAGCUGAUGAGUGGGCCACGAGGUGUGAAUCUAGAGAGCCUUAAGAAGUAUUACAAGGAAGCUUAUGAUGCUGUCAGAAAGCACAACUCAAGUGCUUAUGUGAUCAUGUCAAAUCCAUUGGAUGCAGAUUCUAAAGUGCUUCUCUCAUUUGUGCAAGACUUUGACAGAGUAGUCAUUGAUGUGCAUUACUAUAAUCUUUUUUCAAGCGAUUUCAACCGCAUGAAUGUUCAACAAAAUAUUGACGUCAUAAGAAAUGGACGAGCCUCAGAUCUUAGUGUCGUCUCUUCCUCAAAUGCUCUGAGUUUUGUAGGGGAGUGGACUGGUGCGUGGAGCAUACAAGGUGCGUCUAAGGAAGACCUCAAAAGGUAUGUCCAAGCACAAUUGGAUGUGUAUUCUCGUGCAACUUUUGGAUGGGCCUAUUUGGCCUACAAAUGUAGGAUUAACGAAUGGAGCCUCAGAUGGAUGAUCCAAAACGGUUACAUAUGCCUCUCAUGUCCUCAAAAUUUGCCAUACAAAGCUGUGAAUCUAGGAAACUGGCUUGUUGUUGAAGGGUGGAUGCAAGAACCCUCUCUCUUUGAUGGAAUUGUCAACAAUGACCUCUUGGAUGGAACUCAAGUGCAACUUAAGUCCACAAAGUUCAACAAGUAUCUCACUUCUGAAAAUGGGGGUGGAGCUGAUGUUGUAGCCAACCGAGGUUCUGCUUCUGGUUGGGAAACAUUCAAGCUGUGGAGGAUCAGUGACUCAUCCUUCAACUUGAGAGUGUUCAACAAGAAAUUUGUUGGGCUGGAAAAUCAUGGGGGUGGAAACAAAAUUAUAUCAGUUUCAGACUCACCUAGCCAACCAGAAACAUUUGAGAUUAUAAGGGAUAAUAAUGACCCCUUCAAAAUUAGAAUCAAAGCAUCAAAUGGUCUGUUUUUACAGGUUCGAUCGGAGACAUCAGUGACUGCAGAUUAUCACGGCACAAAUUGGGAUGAAAGUGACCCAUCAGUCUUUCGUAUGACUAUUGUACCAGGCACCACCUUGCAAGGAGAGUACCAACUUACUAAUGGUUAUGGUCCUGAUAGAGCUCCUCAAGUCAUGAAGGACCAUUGGAGAACAUACAUAACUGAAGAUGAUUUCAGAUUCAUGUCAGAAAAUGGCUUAAAUGCAGUGAGAAUACCUGUUGGAUGGUGGAUAGCUAAAGAUCCAAACCCUCCUAAGCCUUUUGUUGGUGGAUCAUUGGAAGCAUUGGACAAUGCUUUCAUUUGGGCACAAAACCAUGGGAUAAAAGUGAUCAUAGACUUGCAUGCAGCUGAAGGUUCACAGAAUAGGUUUGAACACAGUGGAACUAGAGAUGGAGAAAUAGAAUGGGGAGAUUCAUACAUACCAAACACAGUCCAAGUCAUAGACUUCUUAGCAGAAAGAUAUGGUAACAAACCAAACUUAGGAGGAAUAGAGCUAAUGAAUGAGCCAUUUGGUGUGAAUCUAGAGAGCCUUAAGAAGUAUUACAAAGAAGCAUAUGAUGCUGUGAGGAAGCACAACUCAAGUGCUUAUGUGAUCAUGUCAAACCCAUUGGAUGCAGAUUCUAAAGUGCUUCUCUCAUUUGUCAAAGACUUUGACAGAGUAGUCAUUGAUGUGCAUUACUACAAUCUUUUUUGGAACGGUUUCGACAGCAUGACUGUUCAAGAAAAUAUUGACUUCAUAAGAAAUGAACGUGUCUCUAAUCUUGGUGGCGUCUCUUCCACAAAUGCUCUGAGUUUUGUAGGGGAGUGGACUGGUGAGUGGGCUGUAAAAGGUGCGACUAAGGAAGACUACCAAAGGUAUGCCCAAGCACAGCUAGGUGUGUAUUCUCGUGCAACUUUUGGAUGGGCAUAUUGGUCCUACAAGUGUAGGUUCAAUGAAUGGAGCAUGAAGUGGAUGAUCCAAAACGGUCGCAUAAAGCUCUAGAUAUUGGAAAAAAAAACAUUAUAAAUAUGUUGGUGGACCCAAAAACAUUAUAAAUAUGUUGUUAAGAGUAAUAUUGGCUUGUUCAAAAUAAGCUCUUUCUCUCUCUAAAAGAGCACUACCUACUGUUAAUGUAUCUUUUAUCUAUUUUAAUCAAUACAAUGAGUGUCUUGUAUGGUACUCCUCUUCUCUCCUUU